GUAGAGCAGCUUUAGUCAUUUCUUCUCACUGCGUCCGACAGAGAAAAUAAUGGCUCAAGGGAUUCAACUGGAUCGAGAGAAGUUCUGCUGCUCUCUCUGCACCAAUCUGCUCAGAAAUCCAGUGACCGUACCUUGUGGUCACAUCUUCUGCAUGAUCUGCAUCAACAAACGCUUGGACAAUGAAGCACGGUCAGGCAUCUACAGCUGCCCUCAAUGCAAAGAGUUCUUCAUAUCAAGGCCCACCUUGGUUAAAAACAGCGUGAUAGCACUUGUAGUCGAACAAUUGAAGAAGACCGAAGUCCAACCUGAGGUUCCAGAUCUGUACCGUGAAGCUGAAUUCAUAGACGUAACUUGUGAUUUUUGCUCUGAGAGGAAGGUGAAAGCUGUAAAGUCCUGCCUGCAAUGUAUGGCUUCCUACUGCGCCACACAUCUCCAGCCGCACAACGAGGUGCCUCCUUUAAGGAAGCACAAGUUGGUGGAACCAACCGCAAGUCUCGAGGAGAGCAUCUGUCCUGUGCAUCAAGAAGUGAUGAAGAUGUUCUGCAAGACCGAUCAGCGUUGCAUCUGUUAUCUCUGCUCCAAGGACGGCCACAAAGGCCACAACAAAGUCUCAAUGGAAGCUGAAAGGACGGAGAGACAGAAGGAGCUUCAGACGGUUCGGCAAAAGAUCCAGCUGAGGAUCGUAGAGAAGAAGAAAGAUGUGAAGACUUUUCAGCAGGAGGAAGAUGCAGUAAGUCAUGCUGCUGAUAGAGCACUGACUACUACUGAUGUGGUUUUUACAGGACUCAUUGAGACAAUAGAGGAAAAACUCUCUCUUAUGAGGGACAAGAUGAAUUCUCAACAGAGCAUUGAACUGGGUCGCUUCAGAAAAGUUCGGAGUAAAGUGGAGGAGGAGAUUAUGGAGUUGAAAAGGAAAGAUAUUGAACUGGACAAACUGUCUCGUACAGAAGACCAUGCUAAUUUUUUGUUGAAGUUUCCGUCAUUGUCUCGUCUGAGUGUUCCUAGAGAACAGCCAACCAUCAGGAUCCGCCACCAGCGUAACUUUGAUCGAGUUCCUGCCACUGUUUCAGAGGCCAAAAAGAGACUGCACAAGGUUCUCGAUGAAGAAUGUGAAAAGAUUCUGCUUGCAAUUACUGGUGCUACGGCUUUGCCUAAUAUGUCUGAACCAAAAUCUGAAGAGGACACCAGGAAGCGCAGACCUGAUUUCUAUCACACUGUAGAAAUGUCCAAACCAGCAGUUAGACAGACCACCACUCAGUUUAUGCAAGCCAAACUCUUGCAGAACCUUGAUAGUACCACACCUUCCAGACCAAGCUAUUUAAAACCCAAGCUUCCUGACCCCAGUGGUAGCUUCAGACAUCCCAAACAAAAGUCAGAAGACUUAUCCAGCAGUGAAAACUUUGCUGAGAAAAUGGUUACGUUUGAACCAAAGAAAAACUUCUUCCCUGAAAGGGGAUAUGAAAAUCCUGAUGUUAUACCACCAAAUAAUAAACCUGAUGUUUUACCUGACAGACCUCUGCCUCUUCCUGUCCCUGUAAGAGGCAAAGGAAAUGUUUUAAGAACUAGAGAAAACUUCCUGGAACAUGCCUGCCAAAUCACACUGAAUCCAGACACCGCAUUCCCAAAACUGUUGCUAACUAAGGAGAACAGAAAAGUAACAUUUGUAAGCGAAGAACAAGAUUAUCCCAACCACCCAGACAGGUUUAUUUACACCUGGCAGGUCCUGAGUCAACAGAGCCUUAGUGGCCGCUGCUACCUGGAAGUGGAGAGGAGCGGGAAGGGAGUCAUGGUGGCGAUGGCUUACAAAGGCAUCAGUAGAGCAGGGACCUUCAGCGACUGCAUGUUUGGACAAAACAGCACCUCUUGGGGUCUUGAUUGUUUUCAGAACAGCUGCGAGUUCAGACACAACAACAACAAGACUCCCAUCCCAGGCACAUGGUCCUCCAGAGUGGGAGUGUACCUGGAUCACAGAGCAGGUAUUCUGGCUUUCUACAGCGUCUUUAAAACCAUGACGCUCCUGCACAGAGUCGAGACCACAUUCACCGAGCCGCUCUACGUUGGACUCUGGCUCUCAGAUGGAGCAACUGUGGAGAUCUGCAAACUAGAGUAGAGUGGGAUGUUUAGGCUUUCAGAACUCAAACUGGGACGUGACCAGUAAGUGGUGUAUGUAAGUAAGUCAGUGUAUUGGUGACAGGAAGCAACUUCACAUUCUGUAUUUCAUCAAUGACUCUUAUAUGUCAUUUUGCCUCUUGUGGUGAAUUUUUAAUUUCACACUUUGACAUUAAUUUUUUAUGUUUUUACUUCAUAAAAUGGAAAAUAUUUCAAACUAUUGCAAUAAAACUACACAACUCUUUUUCUGCUUGGCAUACUGUAGGCUUUUAAAAAAUUUAUUUAUUGCUUUUUUGA